AGGGUUUAAGCAUCAAUGUUGAUUUCGGCAAAACGGAAAAUGUUCCUCCGCUCCAUCAGAACAACCUACCUCGCUUCCACACGCCACCUUUCCACGGCGGCGCCGCCACGAACACCCUCAUCUUCCUCCCCAUCCGGCGGCGGCGGCGGUAGAGACACGCUGGGGCGGAGGCUGCUGAGCCUUGUGUUCCCGAAACGCAGCGCGGUGGUUGCGAUCAACAAGUGGAAGGAAGAAGGUCACCCUCCGCCACGCAAGUACGAGCUAAAUCGAAUUGUUCGCGAGCUACGUAAGAACAAGAGCUUCAAACACGCGCUUGAGGUCUGUGAAUGGAUGACCUUGCAGCAACAUAUCAAGCUAGUGCAAGGAGACUAUGCUGUCCACUUGGACUUGAUAGCUAAAGUUCGGGGUUUAAACAGUGCAGAAAAAUUCUUUGAGGAUCUUCCUGAUCAAAUGAGAGGCAGACAGACCUGCACUGCUCUUCUUCAUGUCUAUGUCCAAAAGAAUUUGGCAGACAAAGCUGAAGCCCUCAUGUCAAAAAUGUCAGAAUGUGAUUUAUUGGGAUGCCCACUUCCUUUCAACCACAUGAUAUCUCUCUACAUUGCAAAUGGGAAGCUAGAAAAGGUCCCGCAAAUUAUUCGGGAAUUGAAGAUGAACACAUGUCCUGAUGUUGUUACUUUCAAUUUGUGGUUAACUGCAUGUGCUCUGCAAAGUGAUGUUGAAACUGCAGAAAGAGUAAUGCUCGAGUUAAAGAAGGCAAAAAUAGAUCCAGACUGGGUAACAUAUAGUACAUUGACUAAUUUGUACAUUAAAAACGAUUGCCUUGAAAAAGCAAGAUCUACUUUGAAGGAGAUGGAGAAUAGAACCUCGCGGAACACUCGGGUUGCAUAUUCCUCUCUCAUUAGCCUGCAUAUGAACAUGGGGAAUAAAGAUGAAGUUAUCCGAGUAUGGAAGAAAAUGAAGGCUUCCUUUCGCAAAAUGAAUGAUAAUGAGUAUCUUUGCAUGUUAUCAUCGCUUGUGAAGCUUGGAGACUUUGCUGCAGUUGAGAACCUCUAUAGUGAGUGGGAAUCUGUUUCCGGGACACAUGAUGUCAGACUUUCAAAUAUACUUCUUGCUUCAUACGUUAACCAAGACCAGAUGGAAAUGGCGGAAAAUUUUUAUCAUCGGAUAGUAGGAAAUGGCGUAAGUCCUUCUUACACUACAUGGGAGCUAUUAACAUGGGGCUAUUUGAAAAAUAAGGAUGUGGAGAAAUUUCUAGAUUAUUUUGAGAAAGCCAUUUCUAGUGUGAAAAAAUGGAACCCUGAUCAGAAGUUAGUGAGAGAGGCAUUCAAAAUCCUUGAGGAGCUGGCUCAUAUUGAAGGGGCAGAAAAAUUGUUGGUUACCCUUCGCAAUGCUGGCCAUGUGAAUACUGAUGUAUAUAACCUAUUUCUCAACAUUUACGCAAAAGCUGGUAAAAUGCCUCUUAUUGUUGCUGAGAGGAUGAAAAAGGACAAUGUUCAGUUGGAUGAAGAGACUCAUAGGCUCUUGGAUCUGACCAGUAAAAUGUGUGUGAGUGAUGCUUCACUGAUUCUGUCGAAAGCACCAAUUGACGGAGUAUUAGAAUAAACUAU